AUAGUAAAACUAAAUAACAUGAAAAUAGUGUAAAUGAAUACUUAAUAGUACCUACAACAUGCAUCUGAAUCUCUGUAUGAACGUUGUAAGAAUAUGAUAUAUAUAAUUAUUAUGGGCAAACAAAUAGCCCGUAGUCAAAAUUAGGUCACUGUAUGAAAAAGUAAUAUAGACACGUGGGCGGAAGUCAGCGACGUCAUCAAAACAGUGAGACGGGAGGAGGGAAAGCAACCCGUCAGUGGAUGUGACACGCUUACAAAUACAUAGAAAACAACCCAGCACGCAGCAGGACAUCAUGAUCCGGCUCCAGCAGCGUGUUUAGUGAGCUCGAUUCAACUGGACAUCCGAGUUUUUUGAUAUUUUUCUCCUUCCCGCGAGUCCUCGGAGGCAGCAGCGCUAUGGUGAAGCAGUCUGACCGAGCCCCGCUGCUGGACUGGGAGGAGAUCCCGCCGCCCGAUCCGAACCAGGCGGCCCAGCCGCCGCCUGCGUCGCCCCGGGAGGAAGACGCACCGUCGGAGAAAAGUUCGCAGCCAGCCGGGCGGCGAACACCGACGGUUAUCGCGGCUGGUACUGGGUGGAGCAGCAGCAGCUCCGCCGCCACCACUAUAACCUGCAGCCCGACGAGAAAUGUCACAGCUGUUGUUCCCAGCGGGGAAAUAAGUCCGGGCCGUCCGCGAACAGAGCUCUCUGGGCACGGGAGGGACCGCCCGGAGCCUAUGGGUACAGAUCUUAAUGUUCCCUUCCCCGGCCUCUCGGUGAGGGAUCACUGGGAGGAAAAGGACCAGAUUGUGGCUGUGUUUGUGGUUACCUUUGAUACAAGAUCAGGGAAUAUGGUCGAGUGGUGUCUGCCUCACGACAUCAACCUAGACGGAGUUGAAUUCAAGUCAAUGGCCAGCGGUUCCCAUCGGAUCACCAACGACUUCAUAUAUUUCCGUAAAGGCUGUUACUUCGGGCUGGCCUGUUUUGCCAACAUGCCUGUGGAGAGUGAGCUGGAGCGAGGAGCGAGGAUGAAGUCUGUGGGAAUACUGUCUCCCUCCUACACUCUUCUUUACCGCUACAUGCACUUCCUGGAGAACCAAGUCAGACACCAGUUGCAGUGUCCAGGCCAGUACUCCCCACUGGAGGCCUUCUAUGAAGAUAAGAAGGCUGUCCUUCCCCCUGCAGGAAAUGGUCUAGUCACCACUUGCCCAACCUGGAGCGUUACCACCAUCAACCGCUGUAUGCACCCAGAAAUGAAGAUCACCCACCCAGCUGGCUGCAUGUCCCAGUUCAUCCAGUUCUUUGGGGAGCAGAUCAUGGUGCUGUGGAAGUUUGCACUGCUUAGGAAACGUCUCCUCAUCUUCUCCCCUCCACCAGUAGGUGUGGUCUGCUACAGGGUGUAUUGCUGUUGUUGCCUGGCCAACGUCUCUUUGCCUGGAAUUGGUGUCUCUGUGCCUGAGUUACGGCCUUUCUUCUACAUCAACAUAGCCGACAUCACUACCCUGGAGACAGAGAUGUCGUACGUGGCCUGCACCACAGAGAAGAUUUUUGAGGAUAAGAAGGAGCUGUAUGACGUCUACAUUGAUAACCAGAAUGUGAAAACGCACAGAAGCCAUUUGCAGCCGCUGCUCCGAGUGAAUGCAGCGGACAAGGAGAAAUACAGGAAACUGAGUGAACAGAGGCAAAUGUUGCUCUACGCUCAAGAGGUGGACGGAGACUGCACGUCAAACGAAGAGGAUCUUUUCAUUCUGUUCUUCAUGGAGCUGAAUAACCGCAUCUUCCAGACCCUGUCAGACGUAGCAGGCAGCACCGAUCCCACCCUCACCGCUGAGCAUGUGAGGGCCAUGGGGCUGGAUCCCCAGGGUGAUCGCUCCUUCCUGGUUGACCUGCUGGAGGUGUACGGUAUUGAUGUCACGCUGGUCAUAGACAACCUCUGCUGCCCCUGAGCCCCCUCGGCCUGGGAAACGCCACUGGAUAUCUGUGCCUUCAAGGCCCCCACACACACACACACACACACACAUACACACACACACCAAGACACUGAAUACACUGCCUCCACCCUGGGACUUCCAUCUGUUGCCUGCUGUCCCCUCCUGGGUGUCCACCCCCCACCCCCCACUCUGCGUGGUUCUCAUCUGACCUGUGGAGACUUUUCCAGCCAGUGUGGAUGAAGAGGACACUUAGUGCGCUGGUCCACAGUGGCUGAUAAACACCUGCCUAGCAGACAGUGCUGCAUGGCAGCAGUGUGCUCUUGUAGCCAUUCACAUGUUACAUCACUCAGUACUGUUCUUUUUGCAGACAUGUUUGUUGGCUUGUUUGUUCUUGUUUGACUCUGAUUCUGCGUUAAGUGGCCAGGGCCGAAAGCACUGGAUAAAAUUGAUGAGGUCCGGUCAUCACAGCAGGAUGAUUGGUCGUUCUCCACUACUCACAAUGAAAAAUUCACUGGAACGGCGAGUAUUUACUGCUGGAGAUGAAUUUGUGCGCUUCACAUACAUGUUUUUGGAGAUUCUUGCCGUCACAAUGUGAAACAAACUCAAACAGUACCAUACUUGGGUGAUUAUUCUUCUUUUUCUGAUAAAGCUACUUUGGGACUGGGUUAAUCAAACGCCUUUUUUCGCCUUUCAAAAAGGAAGCAAUAUGAGUCUGUGGUAGCUGAAAUUAUAUAUGUGCUUUUUGUUCCCGUCUUUUUGUUUAGUGAGCUUGAUCGUCUUUUUUUAUAACAGGGGUGGUUCAUUAUAAUGAAGCUGGCUCACAGAAUAAGAAGGGAAAGGUUGUUAAAUACUAACUUUUUAUGCACCUUCAACACGAGGUAGAUCUGAUAGUGUGUUUCUGUGUUUGAUCACAAGCGACGGAGGCUUUCCGGAAACAUUUUGACGUGUUACUUGUUGUACCUUACUAUGUCGUGAUCAGCGGCGGUUCUUCAAUUGUCAAUGAAUGUGAAUCUAUAACACUAACUUAUCAUGAAUGCUGCACCAUGUCCACCACUGGACUAUUUCCUGAUGCACACAGUGAUCAUGCUUAACUGUACCUUCUUUUUUAAUGCUAUGUUUAUGACUUACAGUCUGAGCCAGCAAGUGGUUAUGGAGUGGAGGAGCUUUGUGUGCGUGUUGUAUUGUAUACAGGCUGUCAUUGUGUCAUUGUAUUUUCUUAUUCGAACUAGAGACGUAUUCAUCAGUGGAAUCCAAUAUAUCUUUUGUGAUCCUGCUGAAUGAAGAGUCCUUGAUGGAGUUUGCUUGUUGAUCAGCUUCAAAGAGAUCCUCUUUGCUUGUUUGUGUCCUUGACUGAAGAUAGAUCCCUUUGUGUUUUUGGAGACGUGGUGCCCCCCCCCCCCCCCCCCCCCCACACACACACACCCCUCUACCCCUCUGUCGGCUCCAGACGAGGCUUUCUCUGUCUUUUCAUCGCAGACCCAUUGAGUGAAUCCAGCUCUAGAGAUGGGCCAACUGUGUCUUUUGAAUUAUCAUGGCAGACUUUAAUCCACCAUGCUGCCAAUCAGUGACCGUUUGUUCCAUGUUGGAACACAUGAGGCUGAUGCUCGCCUCAUACAAAAAUGGAGUAGUGGUUCUCAACCAUCUCGCAGCUAAAAACACAGUCAUUUUUAUUAAACAAGUAUUUUUAAAUCACUGGUCUACAAAUAUUCAAUGAUGGUUUAUUUUUCAUUUUCACAUUCCAGAAAUGAUCUUUCAUUGGCUGAUCCCCAGGUUGAUAACUGCUAAUGGUCUUGUAGCCUGUACUGUUUUACUUGACCUCCUAGGAUGUUUUCUGGGUUGGUUAAAUAAAACUAAGUGUUGUAUUUGGAAGAGAAGGACACUUAAGCUUUAUUGUUAAAAUGGGGCCUUAAGGAAAUGUGAUUUUUCUCAAACUUUACAAGAGCAAAGUGGCCGACUCAUUUCUGUAUGUGUGUCAACAGUAUUUGCGGAAAGAUUUUGUACAUUGUCCUUAGCACUUCUGAAUGACCUCACUGUCUCCAGUGAAACCCGUUGACUCUGACUGGUCUAUUUACUUGUCAGCAGUAGUAUAUUCUUGCCUCCGACUGUGUUUGCUUUACAGGUGUAUGUUCAGUGUGAAAGGGAAUGUACACAACACACCACUGUAUAAAAUGCCUUCUUUGUGGAGCCGUGUGCACCAGCAUUAGCUAAACGAGUUGUUUGUACAGCGUGUCACUCUACUGAAUGUCAAAGACAGCAAACGUAUUGCACACCUGCAGCAGUGCAUCCAAGUGGUGUUUUCUUCUUGAUUGUAAUGUGAAUCAAGAGUAUUCACAGAACAAGUCUUCACCUUUACUAAUGUGAAACACUGUAACAGAUGUCAGUAAUGUACACAUGAACUCAAUAGCAUGAGCAACUGUUAAAUUCACUGUACUGCCAUUGUAAAACAAUAAAACAUUCAUAGCUCAUUAUCUAA